AUCUUCCGAGGCCAAACCGCAGUUUUCUAGUACCAGUUUCGCAUCUCAGAUACUGCUAAGAUUUGUCUGUCAACCCUCUCGCACACCCGUCAAGAUGUCGUGGCAAGCAUACGUUGAUACCAGCCUUGUUGGUACCGGUCACAUCGACAAAGCAGCCAUCUACAGCGCCAAGGGCGACAGUGUUUGGGCUACCAGCGCGGGCUUCAAUGUCUCCCCCGCUGAGAUGCAGGAGGUUGUGACAGGAUUGAGUGGAAAGCCCGAGAAGCUAUACUCCGACGGACUGCACAUUGCAGGCGAGAGAUACGUUCUUACAAAGGCGGAGGAUAGAAGUCUUUAUGCCAGAAAGGGUAGAGAAGGCGUUGUCAUUGUCAAGACUACACAGGCUAUUCUCAUCGCUCACUACGCCGACGGAAUGAUUGCUGGAAACGCGGCAACAACGGUCGAGCAAUUGGCGGAUUACCUGAUUAGCACGGGCUAUUAA